CCCGCCUGCCCAGUCCCGCUGCGGCCGGGCUCGGGCUUUCUCCCCGGCCUCCCCUCGACCCGUCCCCUCCCCCUUCCCGGCACACUCGGGGGGCUGGGAACUAGCUGCCAUGUGAUGCGCGUCUUCUCCGCGAGCUUUCGGUGACCCCCGAACCGCCCACCGCGCCGGCUGCCGGGAGGGGUCUGCGGGCUGGGAAGACGCGGGGAAGUGGAGGUGCAGAAGGACGCAAAGUUCUCUGGCGAGCACUGCUGUCUGCUUUGGGAAGUGCGGUCUACAGGAACAAGGAGAAUCUUCAAGAGGUGCCUCACAUUGUGACAUGUCUGAUCCUUUGCUCCCGUUCCUACAGCAUGAACAAGAUUCUGAAAACAAGCUUAUGUUUAAUUUAGAGGAGCUUUGAGUUUUGAAGAAGGGGAAAUCAGCAGAUGUCAAGUGGACACUCACUGACCUGUCACAAGGUUGCCCCACACAGCUUUGGGGUCCAUGUCUGAAUGGAUUGCUGUAGCUUUCUCAUCUCUCCCUUCGCCCAGUGCCCUGCAUCCUAAGACUCGAAGCCAGCACGGGACCUGGAAAAAUUACAUGGUGUAAACGGCAUGUCUGUGGAUGAGAAGCCUGACUCCCCCAUGUAUGUGUAUGAGUCCACAGUCCACUGCACCAACAUCCUCCUGGGCCUCAAUGACCAGCGGAAAAAGGAUAUUCUCUGUGACGUGACUCUGAUCGUGGAAAGGAAGGAGUUCCGCGCCCACCGGGCUGUGCUGGCUGCGUGCAGUGAAUAUUUCUGGCAGGCGCUGGUGGGACAGACGAAAAAUGACUUGGUGGUCAGCUUGCCUGAGGAGGUCACGGCCAGGGGCUUUGGGCCGCUGUUACAGUUUGCCUACACCGCCAAGCUGUUACUCAGCAGAGAAAACAUCCGCGAGGUCAUCCGCUGUGCUGAGUUCCUGCGCAUGCACAACCUGGAGGACUCGUGCUUCAGCUUCCUGCAGACCCAGCUCCUGAACAGCGAGGAUGGCCUGUUUGUGUGCCGAAAGGACACCACGUGCCAGCGACCCCAUGAGGACCAUGAGAACUCCGCCGGGGAGGAGGAAGACGAAGAGGAGGAGACGAUGGAUUCCGAGACGGCCAAGAUGGCUUGCCCCAGGAACCAGAUUCUUCCAGACCCUAUCAGCUUCGAGGCCACUGCCAUCCCAGUAGCAGAAAAGGAAGAGACUCUGUUGCCUGAGUCGGAAGUGCCCGCCGACACCAAGGAGAGCUCAGAAAAGGACACGUUAACACAGUAUCCCAGAUACAAGAAAUACCAGCUUGCAUGUACCAAGAAUGUCUAUAAUGCAUCAUCACACAGUACCUCAGGUUUUGCAAGCACAUUCAAUGAAGAUAACUCUGGCAACAGCAUCAAGCCGGGGCUUGCCAUGGGGCAGAUUAAAAGUGAGCCACCCAGCGAAGAGAAUGAGGAAGAGAGCAUCACACUCUGCCUGUCUGGGGAUGAGCCUGACAUCAAGGACAGAGUGGGGGAUGUUGAAAUGGACAGGAAACAACCUACCCCCACCCCUGCCCCCGCCCCCCCUGUGGGGGCCACCUGCCUGGAGCGAUCCAGGAGUGUGUCCUCUCCCUCCUGUUUAAGGUCUCUAUUCAGCAUAACAAAAAGUGUAGAGUUGUCCGGCUUGCCCAGUACAUCUCAGCAGCACUUUGCCAGGAGUUCGGCAUGCCCUUUUGACAAGGGGAUCACUCAGGGUGACCUUAAAACUGACUAUGCCCCUUUCCCGGGGAAUUACGGACAGCCCCACAUGGGCCAGAAGGAUGCGUCCAACUUCACGAUGGGGUCGCCCCUAAAGGGGCCUGGGUUGGAGGCACUCUGUAAACAGGAAGGAGAGCUGGACCGGAGAAGUGUCAUCUUCUCCUCCAGCACAUGUGACCAAGUGAGCACUUCAGUGCAUUCAUAUUCUGGGGUAAGCAGUUUGGACAAAGACCUCUCUGAGCCGGUGUCAAAGGGGCUGUGGGUGGGGGCUAGCCAGUCCCUCCCCAGCUCACAGGCCUACUCCCAUGGUGGGCUGAUGACUGACCACUUGCCAGGAAGAAUGCGGCCCAACACUAGCUGCCCGGUGCCAAUCAAAGUCUGCCCCCGCUCGCCCCCCUUGGAGACCAGGACCAGGACUUCCAGUUCUUGCUCCUCCUAUUCCUACGCAGAAGAUGGGAGCGGGGGCUCGCCCUGCAGCCUCCCUCUCUGUGAGUUCUCCUCCUCGCCCUGUUCCCAAGGAGCCAGAUUCCUUGCCACAGAACAUCAGGAACCAGGCCUGAUGGCAGAUGGAAUGUACAACCAAGUCCGACCCCAAAUUAAAUGUGAGCAAUCUUAUGGAACCAACUCCAGCGACGAAUCCGGAUCGUUCUCGGAAGCAGACAGUGAGUCGUGUCCUGUGCAGGACAGGGGCCAGGAGGUCAAACUUCCCUUUCCUGUAGAUCAAAUCACAGAUCUUCCAAGGAACGAUUUCCAGAUGAUGAUUAAGAUGCACAAGCUAACCUCAGAACAGUUAGAGUUCAUUCACGAUGUCCGACGGCGCAGCAAGAACCGCAUUGCAGCCCAGCGCUGCCGCAAGAGGAAACUGGACUGCAUUCAGAAUUUAGAAUGUGAAAUCCGCAAAUUGGUAUGUGAGAAAGAGAAGCUGUUGUCAGAGAGGAAUCAACUGAAAGCAUGCAUGGGGGAACUGUUAGACAACUUCUCCUGCCUUUCCCAAGAAGUCUGCCGAGAUAUUCAGAGUCCCGAGCAGAUCCAGGCCCUGCAUCGGUACUGCCCUGUCCUCAGACCCAUGGGUCUCCCUGCAGCCUCCAGUAUUAACCCUGCACCCUUGGGCGUCGAGCAGAACCUUGCUGCCUCCCAGUGUGCAGCAGGGGAAAGUGUGUCCUGCUGCCUGGAGCAGGGUGCAGCUCCCCCUGGCCCCCCCUGGGGCCCCAGCAACACCUCAGAGAAUUGUACUUCUGCAAGGAGGUUGGAAGGCACCGACCCAGGAACCUUCCCAGAAAGAGGCCCUCCUCUAGAACCCAGGAGCCAGACGGUGACCGUAGACUUCUGCCAGGAAAUGACUGACAAGUGUACAACUGAUGAACAGCCCAGGAAAGAUUACACCUAGCGUCCCGGCCUCCUCCAGUCCACACCUACCCCACCCAGGUGUUCUUCGGUCAGCCUAUGGCCUGUUCAUCUGUUGUCUGGAAGAACCAAGAAGGAAUUUGGUGCACACUACAGCGGUCUCAGCAGCAAUACUGUUUCUAAAUAUUCCCUCCUCUUUCAAGCAGGAGUGACAUAUAGUUACCUUCACAAUGGUGCUACCCCUUGCUCAGGCAAGGAAAGACAGCAGUGAUAACACUGUCUGUCUGUGGGUUAAUUUCAAUCUUAACAGGGAUAGACUAUAACACCUCUAGGACCCAACCACGGAUUUUUUUUCUCAGUGGCCCAUGUCACAAACCCUAUCUCAGGAAUUUCUUCUGAAUGUUCAAUUUUUUUCAUUGAAGACAGCUUCUAUACACAUCAAAGUUUUAUAGCUAGACUGUACAUAUUAUAUAUAAUAUAUAUAAAAUUAUAUAUAUAUCUCCAUAUGCAAAAGUCCUGCAUGCCUCAAUUUUCUCAUCCUAUAACUGGAAACUUCAUUUCUCGUUUAUGAACAGGUUCCAACAUUCCUCUUCUUUUGUCUCUGAUGCUAGAACUAGUUUGGUAACCGUUAACAUGCUCAUUUUUCUUGCUUCACAGUUCCAUUUCAAUUCGUACUUAUUUAUGGACAGAAUUCCAUGUUGGAAGCUAUUUUUGAGGUUUUCUUUUCAGACCUUUUUUUUUCCGUUCGGUUUGGUUUGGCUUUGGCACCAUCAGAUGGUGUCGUUUGAGCAUUGUGGGUUUGUUUGUUUCUUGCAGAUACUGUACAGUCAUGGUCAACUUUGCCACUUGCACUGAGUUUUGGGUCAAACCUAUUUUCUUAAAUGAAGUUGUAACUUCAGUAUAACUCAAGUAUACUGUAUAUUCUUGCUUUUAGUUGAAAAGUAAAACAUUUUAGCUAAUUAAAAAAAGCACUCAGGUGAUAAUUAUGUAGGAAAAACAAUCUUGCCAAAUAAUGAAUUCAUCCUAGGAUGUGUAGACAAUAAUCUGCUUGAAUAUUUUUAUAUUUCACCUCCUCCCCACCCUUCCCUAAACAAAGUUUAAGUGCAGAUAGAGAAUUCAGAGUUGAUGCUGGAUGUUCAGAUUUCUAAGUGGGGAGAGAGUUUGGACGUCUCAGUCAGAAGUGCAUGAUAACGGUAGGAAUUCAUGAUUUUAUACCAGAACUCAGCAGGCAUUGGCUCCUAGAAAUCAAGUUAGAACUGUUUUCUCAUCCAGGGAGUAAGUCCCAUUCAUUUCAGCACUUCACGGGGCCUCUGCUUGCUCUGGGAAGUGUAGUGCAGUAGGACCUUCCCCUUCGAAGGACUUGGCAGAUCAGCCACCCAGCUUCCCUCCCAGGACAGCACACCUGAGGGGAUUUGAAUCUUAGCUCAGGGGGGGUCCUGCCUGGCCACCCAUGUUAGUGCAGCUCAUCCAGAGAGAAAGAGAGCAGGGCAGAUGUGAGCCUGAGGUCUGUUCCAGGCACAGGCAAAAGCAUUUUUAUCUCCCUUCUUUCUCCAAAUGCUUUGAGUUGAAUUCUGGGGUUUUUCCUCCGGUCUCUUGUCUGAAGGCAGAUUUCAUUCUGAGGCUUUGGACACCAUAAUCCCCUCCCUAAGCCCCUCCGGAACCACAACCACACACACACACCUACCCUCACCUGAUUUCUUCUCUUGCUGCAAAACUGGUUGGCUCGCAACCCGCAGAGAGCAGCUUCCUUUGGCUCUGGAGGUGUGUUGGCCCCUGGCCACGUUUACAGGAAGGUGAGCCCGCUGUCCGGCCACACGGAGGAGGAGGAAUCAGCUCCCUCCCUUUAUCCAGCAGGCCCUCCAGCCUGGCUGUGAAAGAGAGUCCCCCAACGGUUUGAUGUGGGGUGGGGUGGUGGGCAGUGGGGACUAGAUGAUUGACUUCGUUUCUUUAUUUGUGCCAUUGUUUGGACAAUAUUAAAGCUGCAUGUAAAAGGGGAAAUUAGUAUAUGAUGUAGGCGAAAAGUGAAAUCAUAGUAACAUGUUUUAGUAUUAUUAACUUUUUUCUGUACAAAUAUUAGUGCUAAAUGUUUAAAUAUGUAUGAAUGCCAGAAAUGUGUUGGUUCAUGCAGUAGGAUUUAAAAAAAAAAAAAAAGACUUUUCUUUUAAAAUAGUUCCACUUUUAAAACCUGCCUCUGGGUUUUUUGCUUUUUCUCGUGUGUGUGUGUGUGUGUGUGUGUGUGUGUGUGUGUGUGAGAGAGAGAGAGAGAGAGAGAGCGAGCGCGUGCGUGUGCGUGCACGUGCGCCUUUGUAUGAGACUGACUUUGAUAAAGCGCUAUGUGGAGCUGCCAUUUUUAUUAUGGUUGUUGGAAUUUCUUGGCCUAGUAGAACAGUUCCUUGCUUCACCAAGAGGUUUGCCUUUGUGGAAAACUGGUGACAGCUAGAAUUUAAACUCAAUGUGAAUCACAUGAUCCAUCACAGAGUGUGUCGUGGUAGAGGAGUCAGCCAGCAGUAUUUUGUUUCUCACCUCUCUUGUUGCCUUUUUUAAGUGACCUCCUCUUCUUUUAAAAAAGGAAUGUUUUCUGCUCAUAUCAUAACCAGGUCCAAACCAGCUUGUUGGCAUGAAUUAUCCUGGUAACAACUCAUGUGCAACUGGUAGUCUUGACCACAUUCCAUCCUUUUCCUGUUUCCAUUGUUUGGUGCACACAACACCUGUGUGGCAGCCAUUUCUGGGUGGAGAAGGGGUUCUAUUUCUUUCCACCCUUACUCCCCUCCUCAAUUUUCUUCCUCUUCCCCAACCAAAACCCUGCCAUGGGAACUGGUUAAAAACACUGCUCAGAAAAACUCUUUCAAUUUCUUCAAGAUUUUUAACAAGUUGCUAUUAUUAUGUUGUUCACUAUCCACAAAGAACAGUGACUGGCUUUGUGCAAUUGUUUCUGUGACAUAUCUGUGUCCUUUUAUUUCUCUGAACCAUGUGUUUGUCAAAGUUACUUCUUAGUUGAGUCAAAGGGAGAACUAGCUGGGACCAGACUCCAAUUGCCCCAAGUGCUAUUUUGAAAACCAGCCUGUCUCCUUUCUCUGGGAUACCUAAGUGAGGCCCAUGUCUUUUUUGUAAAAGAAAAAUGAGUGAACAGCAAGGAAUAGUGUGCACAGUGGGGUAACAUUUAGCUGUGUGUUUAAGGGUCCUUCCUUCGAAAAAUAGGGGCCUCUCCAAUGAAGGACUGUUUGGAAGGAUCCCUGUGUCAGGCUGUUUGGGGUAAAAGCUUGGGUGUGGAGAUGGGCGCGGUGCAACCCCAUGAGUAGCUGACAGGGCCUGAAUCUAGUUCUCCCCUUGGAUCAUCCUUUGUUCUACUUGUGUUUCCAGACAACCUCAUUUCAUUCAGGUUGGACAGGCUUUGGGCAGGUGAGUGCUUUGUUGUAUGUGUUCUUUUCUCUGCGUUAUCUGGGGGUGCCUUGAAUAAAAUCGAGCUUCAUUAACAUACUGAUUCUGGAACAAAACAGCUACAAAAACUGAAAAAAAAGAGCUAGCAAAAUUAGUAGGCCAUCCUGCUACUUCUCUUCCCAGUUCCCUAACAAUGACUCAGGCGUCAGAGGUGAUGCUGCAGUAGAAAACAUUAUUUUGUAUAUUAUACAAGUAAUUUAUUGUCUAUCUAAAGGUAUGCUGCUUUUAAGAUGCACUAUAAUUUUGGAUUUAAUCCUUGUAUUGCUUUCCUAAGGAAGUAAAAGAGGCUGAUAAUUAGUAUGCCAACUUGCCACUUCUUGAAAAAGGAGGGAGGCAGGGACCAGCUACAGGACGGGCAUGAGAGGACUGCUAAAAGUCAAAUGGAUGCUAGGGGAAGUUCAGUGCUAUUGUUAAGAGAUCUAAACCUACACUUUCUCUUGUAAUAUUUUGAUUGCCAUUAAAUAAAAAUAAGAAACCAUCGUUUGACAAUUAUUAGUCGUUAGGAAACCACAAAGUCCUGCCUCUACAAGCUGCUCCAAAUUCUAUGAAGUAGCAUAAUCCUGUUGAAAUGAGUAAAAGUCUGCAAAGCUCUUUCAAAUCCCUAACUCCCUAGUUGUACACAUUCUACCCCAUUUAAACUAGUUGCUGCUUGAUACAUGACUUCAAAUUGCUCUUUUACAGUUUAGGUGGAGUCAUAGAUCUAGAAAGGAGCAGAAAUUAAGUUUUGCCCUCAAAUCCUUUAAAUACAUUAAGCAACUUUUUUUUAAUGGAACUGUUCAUUGUAUUAUGAGAUAGUGUUUCUUCUCAAAAUUGAGGAUUGUGUUUUAGGUUCCGUUUCUGGUGAGUCAGUACCGGUGCAAUGCCCUGUGUGGAGUUGGGAUCUAUGCAGGACAUCUGUGUGCAGGAGGCUUUCUGUGUCCAAGCUGUAUGUUUAUAAUACUGCCCGAGCCAACUCAAGACCCAAGCGUCAAAGGUUGAUGCUGUAGAAUAGAAUAUAUCUGUGCACCAAUAGUAUUUGUACAUAGAAAAGAUCUAUUGUGGCAGAUUGAGGCUAAAUUAUUCAACUGACGGUGCAAAAAGAUUUCUUGCAAAGCAAAGUAAGUGUAUAGUAUUUUCCUACACUCCAUCCUGGGAGAAAAUAUUUAUAUCAAAUGAAUAUCAGUGCAUUUUAAUUGUAAUAUGAAAAUGAUGCUGCCAUUUUGUGAAGAAUAUUCACUUGGUUGCAGAGGCCCACUUUCGUAGCUUUGACAACGUGGUGAUGUGGUGUGUGCAUUUCAUUAUCAAGCAAUGGAUAAACUCUGACUUUCAUUUUUCAUUCCAGUUUAUUGACCUCAGAUAAAACAGUGGCCCUCCUUAAGAAGCAGAAGUGCACCAAGAUCAUUAUUUCAGGUAGAUUCGCGUUCAGUGCCAAAUGCUCCCAUCAGGGUGAUCAGACAUGUGUAUGAGGAGAUAGUGAAGGGACUUGGUCAAAAAGGGUAUUUCCCACAGACUGAUGCUAAGUCUUCUACCAAAACAUUGGAGGCAGAGGGUGACCUCCACUUGACUCCUAACAAUGCAUUUUUUAUGUGUGAAUGCUGGGAUGCUCGUUUACACUCUUUUUAUUCACACAUAAAAGACCUGCCCCAUCUUGUGAGUGAGCAGGAAGAUUCCAAAUGCAUUUGGGAGCUCUGGGUGCUGGUUAGACACCGUGAGCCAUUCAUGGCAAGUACCAACUUUGCCUAGGAGGCCGAAAGGGCCUGUAAAAUUUGUUCCAGAACCAGUCUGAUGCAAGUGCACCUCUAAUAUAUGCCUUACAAACUCCAGAGGCCAUAUUCAAAACAGGGUCUUCUCAGUGUAUGCAAGGGGCUGCAGCCCCUCUCCUCUUCCUCCCCAGGUCGAACAAUACGGACAGUUUUCACACAUAUCUACCUGUAUAACCCUCUGUACCUCUCAUAACUGGUCAACGACUGUAACAGGUUACAUCAGGUGUUUUUCUACAUACUUUUUACACAGAUUCUAUGCGAUUAAUGUAACUUAAUUCAAUGCAUCAUUUUAUUGUACUAGUUGUUAGGCUUGUCUUUUUUUUCUAAGUGACUGUGGUUUUUCUUGUGGUUUUUAUUGUAAAAUGAAAUGGCUGUUGAUGCUUAGUCUCUGUAACUAAGAAUUUUUACCUUUUUGGGGAAAAAAAACAUUGCUAUGAACUAAUGAAUUGAAACUUCAUUUACUCAUUGUAAAUACACUAUUGUGCAAAAAAAAAUUUUCACUCAAUUGAAUUGCUAGUGUUAACUGAAUUUUGUCUAGACACCAUUUCUGUUGAUGAAAUAAAGACAUAUCAUUAUGCAUUGUAAACUGAUUUCCUCUCCUUUGAUCCCUUGUUGCAGAUGACAGAGCUGGAAGCCUUAGGAAGUUUUUCUCCCAGAAAGGCCAUGUCUAUCCAUUCAUCUAACUUCAAUCCUUACCUGUUACCUGAUAGUCAUAAAAGAGUCAAUAAUGCAAAUGUGACUCCUCUAAAUUUAAAAAUGUCCUAGUGCCUAUGAAUAGAUUAAAGCCAUUAAACCAAGUGUCUUGGUUUUGAUAUUGUGCUAGAGAGCCAUGUAGAAUGUCACCACUGGGGGGAACUAAGUGAACGGUUCUUACAAUGGCAUGAAGUGCUACAUUUAUCUCAAAAUAAAAGGUUUAAUUUAAGACAAAAAAUAUAGGGGGGAGACAUCAAACCAACACCAAGAUACAGUACAAUGAAUUGCAGGGGAAGGAGUUCAGAAUUGUGUUUAGGGAAUGAAUAUAGUUAAAACAGAAAAGUUAUUUGAGUCUUUGAUUUUGAUGUUGAGGUUGAAUUCACACACUGCAUGGUGGACACACCAGAGGACCACAAGUAGCUCUGGACUUGAGAGCAGGAGGUCUGGCCAGGUUGUCAGCGAUGCUAUACCUAAUAAAUGUGAAUGAGGGCCGGGCAAUGUGGUGCUCCCAAGAUCCUGCCAAGUUUCAAUAAAUGCCUGACCAUACCCCAUCUGCCAGAUGGGAAAUGAAUGAAAUGCAAUGAAAAGAUGAAUUCCAUUCCCUCCAGCAAAGCUCCAGAAACACCCUGCUGAGUGAAGAGGGCAGCUUCCAGUGAGCAUGAUUGAUUGACAAAUGUGGCCUGGUCUGAGAAACAUGACCAUCAGUGCAAGUGAGAGGAAAAGCAGUGCUGUUGAUGUGCAGUCCGUUCAUUCAAGGCAAAAACAGGUGGGUCACCAGAGUUCCACAUUCUCUGUAGGAAAUCCUGGUCAUUCAGAACUGAUGGUCAUUUACAUCUUCAACCCUGACGUUUGUGCUUAUAGGAGGAAUGACAUUCAUGAUUUCAUGUAGAAGAAAUUUGUGUCCCACAAAAGUGUUCAGUGCUUGUUGAUACACCUCCUGGAUGGCAAGAUGCCAAAGAGAGGGCAGUGGGGGUGCAGGAGACAUACUGGCUUCAGUCCUGGAAGUCCAGACUGUGAUCCUGCUGGGUUCCUGUAAACCCAGUGUCAUGGCAUCACCAUGGACAAGGCAUGAUCCAAGCAGAAGGAUAAAAUAAAAUCAUGCAAUUCAAGUGUUUGCCAGUGGUGUAAUCAAUAUUUUACGUCUGGCAUUUAUGAAUGAAAAUUCAGCUGGCUCAUCCCCAAGAAGUGAACAAUGAGAGGAAGAGAAAGAAGUUUCUCGUCAACAUCUCCUUUACAGACAGGGAGCAGGUUUGAGCCUAAACUGAAGACAACACUCCCAGUCUGCUCUGGACCCAUGUUCAGGAACCAAACUACUAUUGCUGCUACUAACACAGAGCUAGUGUGCUCUCUCAGCAACAUGUCUUGCUGAGCUGCUGGGCUGAGGAAGGGUAUCCAUAUCCCAGUCGUCCCCUCCUCAGGGUGAUAGCAGCCCUUGUCUCUAGAUUUUUCUCUGAGGGUGCAAGAUUCCUCCUUACCUGAGCAUUGAAUCUGUCACAGGCAUUGUCACCAAAAGGAAGAGUAGGAGGCAAUCCUCAGUCUCCAUAAGGGUAGGAUCUUCUGUA